AUGACUUCGAAUGCGAGUGCUCGCACGCAAAUUGAGGCCCUCCUAAGCCUCAUAUCCUCGUCAACCCAAGCAGCCAUGUCAGAGUAUGAGAAGACCGGUCAUGGAAUUCCUACCCCCAACUCCUUGGAAUCCCAUCCGUUGGACAAUGAAGCUGGAGCCCUUGCGUUAAGAAGGGCUAUACAGACACUUGAAGCUGCAUGUGAGCAGUUAUGCAGUACUCUUGCUCAGCCAAUGCACACGCUACUCAAUCGCUCCAUGCCAUACGAGGUACCCUGCCUCAAGCUUGUUGUUGAGGAAGGGAUAGCCGAUAUCAUUGAAGCCACUGCUCCAGAUGGCGCCAAAGGAAUGCACAUAGACGAUGUUGUUACUAAGAUGAAGAAUAAAGCUGACCUGGAAAAGCUCAACCAGGGCGUUUACGCGAACAACCGCAUGUCACUCCCAUUACUAUCGUCCAAUCCGAUAUCUUCAACCAUUUUGAUCUACUCAGGAGACAUCCUCCAGGGCGCCUCCAUGCUACCUGAGGCGCUGGUUCAUCCCAAAUAUGCAUCCAGCAUGGCAGUCAACAGAAGCAGUUUUUCGUAUCUGAUCAGGAACGAGAUGGAGAAUGCUUCGUAUUUUGAUUGGAUCCAGUCAAAUGUAGUAAGAUUCCGGAUAUAA